GUUUGUACUUUGUAUAGACUAGUUUACUCCUAGUAGAUGUACCUAGUACUACAUAGUACUAAGUAGAAGGAAUUGACGGCGCCAUACGGUACCCGAACCAAACUUCCUUCUCUGGUUGCGGUGCAGUUGCGGUGCAGUGGCCCCUGUCGUUGAGAAAAGUCCAGCCAAAGUUCCGUAGGUACGGAGUUACCUGAUAGUCUACGGAGUAGUAGUUACGGUAUGUACCUAUGUGUGUCUGUGUCUGUGUCUGUGUCUGUGUCUGUGUCUGGCUGGGACUGGCUGUCUUUCUUCUCCGCAGCCGCAUCCAUCCAUCGUCACUUUCCCAUGACUGUUAUUCCCUCGUGCAUUCUUUCUUGUCUUCCAUGUCUUUCUUACUUGCUUUCCUUUGCCUUGCCUGCCUCUUCCUUUCCCCCCCCCCCCAUUCCCCUCUUCCUCUUCCUCUUCCUCUUCCUCUUCCUCUUCCUCAUUCCCCUGAUCUCAUCAUACCCUCUCCUCUCUUCUCUUCCCGUCCCACAUUCCCUAGAUCUCACACACUCUCUUCCCCUGCCAUCCAUCCUCCCCCCCCACCCUGUUUCUUGGUCCUUGUCUGUCCUUCCUUUCUCCUCCACCUCCCCUCCCCUCUUCCCCUCCCCCUACUCCAUCUUGGGGAGCCUUUGUACAUACAGUACUCACAUGGGUGGAACUGCAGCCAUCAGCAAUCUUUUUUUAAAAAGUCACUUUGGCUGUUUUUAUCCUUUCCAGCGCUCGCUCCGUCAGUCAAAAACGUCACAAACUACUACGCCCGUUUUCUCCUCCCCCCCACUUGUUCUCCCCUUCUUCCUCCCGACCGGUCGCUAUUAUUGAAUAUCCCCCUCUCCUCCACUCCCCUCCCAAAUCCUAGCAUUUCCAUACUAAAGGCGGUCUUGGGCUGAAAAAAGCACACGCUUGGCCUGUGGUUGGCUCGGA